AUGGUUAACGUCGUAAAAGGUUCAUUAAUUAAAUGUGAUCCAGCUGUAAAACAAUAUUUAGUUUAUUUAGAUGAAACAUUAGCUUUUGGUGAAAAAUUUAUUUUACAUAAUUUAGAUGAACAACAUUUAUUUGUUCAAAUAUCAGCUGUACCAAUGAUUAAAGAAAAAUUACAAGAACAAAUUGAUAAAAUAUCUUAUGAUUCAGCUCAAACAAAAUAA